AUGGAGCGUUUCGUUUAUCCGCCUUACAGCGUUUAUCAAAGUUAUGGAAGCAGCUUUACUCCCAGCCACCACGUGGCCUCGAGGCUACCACCCAAGCAGAAGCAGCCGAGCUGGAAGCAAAGCAAGUGCAGCGGCAUCUCCAAUCCCUACCAAGGGGUGCUCACGGCCCCCUCCGCGACUCCUCAGGUGUCUUCGCCCGAGUAUUUGGACACUUACAAGCGAGCGCAGCUAAAGGCGCUGCUAUCGCAUGUCAGCCCGGGCCUCAACCCGCGGCUCCGUAAAGGCAACACCAAAGAAGUGGGCGUCCAAGUGAACCCGCGGGCAGACGCUGCGGUGCAAUGCUCGCUUGGAUCCCGGCCGCUGCAGGCCGUCCGCCCCCAAAGCCCCACGGGCCGGCUCAGCCAGGAGCCGCCGCUCCCAGGCUUCUAUUCGCCCGUGCUCGGUCGCCGCCUCUUCACUUUGCCCGAAGCGGCGGAGAACCCGAAGGCGCACCCCGAAGGGCCGGCUUCGUUUCAGUUCAUCCAGGAAUCCGAGGGAACGUUCGUAGAGAAGGCGGAGGGCGGUGCCGAAGAGAAGGCGGGAGCUGAGGACGAUGUGCCGGGGCAUGCUGUCGGAUACUCUGCCCAGCAGAAGUUCUUAGAACAGAAAUAUGGCUAUUUCCAUUGCAAUGACUGCAAGACCAGAUGGGAAAGUGCCUAUGUAUGGUGCAUUUCUGGAACCAAUAAGGUAUACUUUAAGCAGCUUUGUCGCAAGUGCCAAAAGAGCUUUAAUCCCUAUAAAGUAGAAGCAAUUCAGUGCCAUAUCUGUUCAAAGACUCGCUGCUCCUGUCCCCAGAAAAAAAGGCACAUUGACCUCAAGAGACCACACCGGCAAGAGCUAUGUGGACGCUGUAAAGGCAAAAGAUUAUCUUGUGACAACACCUACAGCUUCAAAUACAUUGUUUGAUCUGUGCAGUUUGUGUGCUGAGGUUGCAUUUAGCUAUGCAUUUUGUUUCAUAAUAUGGAUUUGACUUUAGGAUUCUGACUUGGCAAUGGAUAAUGGACUAAAGAUGUUUGUAAUACUAAAAUAUAUUUGUAAUUUAUCACUGUACUGCCUAAUUAAUAAAACUUAAAUUCUAAUUAAA